CGGCUCGGGUUGCUACUGCGUGUCUCGUGCUAACUCGAUACCGCUUCACCGGGAUAUCGGCGAUCAAUGGGCGCGAGCGCUCAACUUCGUGUCGCGGUCCUGCCGAAGUCACUGCAAAGAUUUCAGCUGCUGAGACGAACUGGAAUAACGUGGCGACAAUGAAUCCGCUGACUUUUCUACUUAUUCUUGUCGUCGGAGUUUGUGGUGAAAGCCUUGAAGGGCCAACAGCAGGCUGCACGUUUGAGGUGGACACGGAUGCUGAGCUGUGUGACUACAGGCAGGGGCAGGAGGACGACUUCGACUGGCAGCUGGUGCGGACCGACGCCUGGAGCUACGUGCCCCCUGAGCUCACGCAAGGUUCUUACAUGCUGGUGAACUCCUCUCAGCACGGCCCGGGUCAGCGGUCUCAGCUGCUGCUCCGGCCGCUCAGCGAGAAUGACACGCACUGCGUGCAGUUCAGCUACUUCCUGUACAGCCGCGAUGGCCACAGCCCCGGUGUGCUCGCUGUCUACGUGCGCGUCAAUGGCGGCCCACGCGGGAACUCCGUGUGGAAUGUUUCAGGUGCACGUGGCCGCCAGUGGCACCAGGUGGAAAUGGCCGUCAGCACCUUCUGGCCCAGCGAGUACCAGGUCAUAUUUGAAGCCACAGUCUCAGCUGAGCAGACGGGCUACAUUGGCUUGGAUGACAUAGUGCUACUGAACUACCCCUGCUAUAAGGUGCCUCAUUUCACCAGGCUGGGAGAUGUGGAGGUGAACGCAGGGCAGAACGCCACCUUUCAGUGUGCGGCUACGGGGCGCGCAUCCAAGACGGACCCCUUCUCCAUGGAGAGGCAUAAUGGUGUUCUCAUGGUACCGUAUUCUCUCAGCUCAUUAGUUGGUGAGCGGCGAUUGGUGGCCUGGUUUCAGAUAGGUGGAGCCCAGCGUGGAGAGCAGGACCUUUACCGCUGCAUCACACAGUCCUCUUACGGCGCUGCUGUGUCCAACUUCGCUGAGCUCAUUGUCAGAGUUCCGCCCACCCCGAUAGCCCCACCCCAACUGUUGCGCUCAGGCUCCACAUACCUGAUCAUUCAGCUGAACACAAACUCCAUAGUGGGAGAUGGACCAGUGAUUCGCCGGGAGAUCGUGUACCGGGCCAGUCAUUCUCCAUGGUCCGAGACUCAUGGAGUCAACUCCCUCACCUACAAAGUCUGGCAUCUCGAACCGGACACAGAGUACCGCAUCAGUGUUCUCCUCACCCGGCCUGGAGACGGGGGAACGGGGCCACCCGGACCUCCUCUGGUCAGCAGAACCAAGUGUGCUGAACCUAUGAGGCCUCUCCGUGGUCUGACUGCCUCAGAUAUUCAAUCUCGACAACUGGUUUUACAGUGGGAGCCUCUCGGCUACAACCUGACCCGCUGCCACACCUACUCUCUGUCACUAUGUUAUCGUUACUCCACGGCAACGGUGGGCGGGACUGGCAGCAAUAACGCCACCGUGCGGGAGUGUCUGUCAGUAGAAAGGAACACCUCCCACUUCACACUUAGGGACCUCCCCCCGUUCCGUCCAGUGCAUGUGCGCCUGGCCCUGACCAAUCCUGAGGGCAAGAAGGAGAGCCGUGAGGUCACUUUCCAAACAGAGGAGGAUGUCCCGGGAGGCAUCGCACCAGAAUCUCUGACCUUCACUCCACUGGAUGAUAUGAUCUUCCUCAAGUGGGAGGAGCCCGUGGAACCCAACGGUCUGAUCACACAGUAUGAGAUCAGCUACCAGAGCAUCGAGUCGUUCGACCCGAGCGUCAACGUUCCUGGCCCUCGGCGCACCGUGUCCAAGCUGAGGAAUGAGACGUACCACAUGUUCUCAGGGCUUCACCCUGGCACCACAUACCUGGUCUCGGUGCGCGCCCGCACUGCCAAGGGCUUCGGCCAGACAGCCUUGACCGAGAUCACCACCAACAUCUCCGCUCCUGCGUUUGACUAUGACGACAUCCCGUCUCCCCUGAGCGAGUCUGAGAGCACCAUCACGGUGCUACUCCGUCCGGCCCUGGGCCGUGGAGCCCCCGUCAGCACCUACCAUGUGGUAGUGGUAGAGGAGGACGGUUCCCGGCAGGUGAAGAGGAGAGAGCUGGGUCAUCAGGAUUGUUUCCCCGCCCCCUCCUCCCAGGCAGAGGGGGCGGGCCGGGCCGGGGCCCUGCCCCCCCACUACUACACCGCCGAGCUCCCACCCAGCAGCCUGCCGGAGGCCACGCCCUUCACCGUCGGGGACAACCACACCUACAACGGCUACUGGAACUCUCCCCUGGAUCCCAGCAAGAACUACCUCAUCUACUUCCAGGCCGCGAGCAACUUUAGAGGGGAGACCCGGAUCAACUGCGUCCGGAUUGCGCGGAAAGCUGCAUGUAAGGACCAUAAGCGAGCUUUGGAGGUAUCCCAGCAUGCCGAGGACAUGGGUCUGAUACUGGGAGCCUGUGCUGGUGGAUUAGUGGUCCUUAUACUUCUGCUGGGAGCCAUCGUUAUCGUCAUCAAGAAAGGAAGGGACGUCUAUUCUUACCCGUACUACCCCAGGAAGAAAGUGAACAUGAACAAGGCGGCGAUGACCUACCGUCAGGAGAAGAGCCGCCGUCUGGGCUCGCUGGACUGCGGGCCGACCGAGCCCAGCACGCUGCAGCAGGACGAGCGCACCACGCACACCUUCCUGGACACGCACGGCUGCGCUGGUGCCAGAACUGAGCAGCGGUGCUCGGUGAAUGAGUCCAGCAGUCUGCUGGGCGGCUCUCCGCGCCGACACUGCCGUAGGAAGAGCUCCCCAUACCACACGGGUCAGCUGCGUCCGGCCGUGCGCGUCGCCGACCUGUUGCAGCACAUCAACCAGAUGAAGACAGCCGAGGGCUACGGCUUCAAGCAGGAGUACGAGAGCUUUUUUGAUGGUUGGGAUGUCACCAAAAAGAAGGACAAGACCAAAGGCAGACAUGAUACACUGCUGGACCACGAGCGCCACCGUGUCAAGCUGCACUCUCUCCUGGCGGACCCCAGCUCCGACUAUGUCAACGCCAACUACAUUGACAUUCGGAUAAACAGGGAAGGCUAUCAGCGGUCCAACCAUUUCAUCGCCACUCAAGGGCCAAAGCAGGACAUGAUCUAUGAUUUCUGGCGUAUGGUGUGGCAGGAGAACUGCUACAGCAUCGUGAUGAUCACCAAGCUGGUGGAGGUUGGCCGGAUGAAAUGCUGUAAGUACUGGCCUGACGACAGCGAGCUAUACGGAGACAUUAAGAUCACACUCCUGAAGACGGAGACGCUUGCCGAAUACUGCGUGCGCACCUUCGCCAUGGAGCGGCGGGGUUACCCGGCCAAGCACGAGGUGUGUCAGUUCCACUUCACGUCCUGGCCGGAGCACGGCGUACCGUACCACGCCACUGGCCUGCUGGCCUUCCUCCGCCGGGUGAAAGGUUCCACACCCCCUGACGCCGGCCCUGUGGUGGUGCACUGCAGCAUGGGGGCGGGGCGCACGGGCUGCUACAUCGUCCUGGACGUGAUGCUGGACAUGGCGGAGUGCGAGGGAGUGGUGGACAUCUACAACUGCGUGAGGACGCUCUGCUCCCGCCGCAUCAACAUGAUCCAGACGGAGGAGCAGUACGUCUUCAUUCACGACGCUAUCCUGGAGGCGUGCCUGUGUGGGGAGACGUCCAUCCCGAUCAGUGAGUUUGCGCUCACUUAUAAGGACAUGCUGCGUGUGGACAGUCAGAGCAACACCUCGCAGCUCCGAGAGGAGUUCCAGACGCUGAACUCGGUGACGCCCCACCUGGAUGUGGAGGAGUGCAGCGUCUCGCUGCUGCCACGUAACCGCGAGAAGAACCGCAGCAUGGACGUGCUGCCGCCCGACCGCGCCCUGGCCUUCCUCGUGUCCGCCGAGGGGGACGCCGGCAGCUACAUCAACGCGGCGCUAAUGGACAGCUUCCUGCGUUCUGCCGCCUUCGUGGUGACGCCCCACCCGCUGCCCACCACCACCGCUGACUUCUGGAGGCUGGUGUUCGACUACGGCUGCACGUCGGUCGUCAUGCUUAACCAGUUGAACCAGUCCAACUCUGCCUGGCCUUGUCUGCAGUACUGGCCUGAGACUGGCAUGCAGCAGUUUGGACCCAUGACAGUGGAGUUGCUCUCAAGGUCCACUGAUGAUGAUGUCAUCACACGACUCUACCGGGUCAAUAACAUCACACGGCUGCAGGAGGGUCACCUGGUCGUGCGCCACUUCCAGUUCCUGCGCUGGUCGGCCUACCGCGAGAUCCCGGACUCCAAGAAGGCUUUCCUCACCCUGCUGGCCCAGGUCCACAAGUGGCAGCGAGAAUGCAGCGAUGGGCGCACCGUGGUCCACUGCCUAAACGGCGGUGGGCGGAGUGGCACUUUCUGCGCCUGCACCAUGAUAAUGGAGAUGAUUCGUCACCACAGCAUGGCGGACGUCUUCUAUGCUGUAAAGACUCUCCGCAACUCCAAGCCCAACAUGGUGGAGACCAUGGAGCAGUAUCGAUUUUGCUACGACCUGGCCUUGGAGUACCUGGACUGCCUAGAGGUCAGAUAACACGCAGAGCCCUGAUCCGCGCGCCAGUGCCAGUGCGAGAGAGCGCAGGCGAGGCCGGGCCUCGACUCUCCCCGCCUCCACUUCCUCUCCCUCUCCCCGGCCUCUCAGGCUCGUACAAUCGGGCCUUCCUCGUCACUCGCCGGCAUGAGAGCGUUCGCCGCGUCGCGGGAGGCCCCUACCAUUCUCAGUUUUUUUUUCCCUCUCUCCUCUUUCCGUGUCUUUCUCUCUCUCUUUGGCUCAGUUGUGAAAGAUUUUACUCUCGCCAGACGCUACCGGGCAGCAGGCCAGAAAGGGCGGUUGCUCGGGCGACCCUUAUGCCUACCAGGCAGAGGUUGCGAAUGACUCUCGUGCUUUGAUUCUGCUUGCCCGGGCUCAGCCCAACUCUCUGCCUUAUUCACCGAUCAGGAGGAACGCAGUGUAUUCGAACACCGUGGAGAGACUGCAGCAACAUACUGGCCAUGUCGUGUACGUAGAGUGUGUGUAUCGUUAUACCCUGUACAUGGUG